AUGUCAUUAUAUGCUGCUAUCGCAAAUUUUACUGCGGCCUCCAUCGCAAGUGCUUUUCCUAUUUAUGCUACGCCACUGGCGUUCAAUCCUCCGGUGUCAUUUGGAAAACUGACCCAUUUGAUCGCGUUACUAAGCCAGAUACAGGUUAACUUGCUCAUGCUGGGUGCAGCAAACAUUUGGUGGGUGCCAUUAGCCAAUAUCUUUGGCCGUCGGCCUGUGAUACUGGGAGGUAUAGUACUUCUAACGCUAUGCUCAAUGUGGGCCGGGCUAGCUAAAAGUUUCGGCAGCCUUCUAGCUGCCCGAAUCUUUAUGGGCAUUGGGGGCGCGCCAGCCGACACGAUUGCUCCAAAUGUGGUGGGAGAAAUCUUCUUCACUCAUGAGCGAGGUCGAGCUAUGGGUUUCUACACCGUUUGCAUUUGCUUGGGGCCCAUUAUUGGGGGCAUGUCCGGCGGUUACAUUGCUGGGAACAAAGGUCUUGCUUGGAUCCAUUGGGUGAACGUCAUUUUGUCCGCCCUCUUGCUUGUGGCUUGCCUCAUAUUAGUACCCGAGACACGAUACAUCAGGGAACAGACACAGGUCUCAAGCCAAAACGUCAAGUCCACAGAUACUGAGACAAAGGGAGGCACUGAGGUUGUCGAAGAUACGACUGCCCAAGCUCCACGGCCCCAUUCGAAAAAUAAUGCAAACCCUGCCUCUAUGUGGAAGCUUAACAAGUACCAAGGCGAUGCGUGGAGUACAUUCUUGGCGCCUUGGAAAACUCUUGGCCUGCCAGGUGUGUGGCUUGUGAUGUUUUGGUACGCCGGGCUGGUAGGAGGGGUGGUUACUGUUACGACUGUAGCCUCAACCAUCAUCUCCGAGCCGCCAUACCUCUGGGGUAAUAAUGCUGGCUUAAUCAUGACUGGUGGAAUUAUUGGGGCAUUACUAGGGCUUAUUGCAACAAACUUGACCGCUGACCGGAUAAUUUCCUCCAAAAAGAUGCUGCGAGGUGAAGUCUUCGCUGAACCAGAAGCACGUCUUCCUGUUGCGAUUCCAGGCCUGCUACUAGCUACUACUGGGCUUUGGACCUUUGGGUUCUGUGCACAGAAUCCCGGCCCGCCACAUAUGUGGGUUGGCAUGCAAUUUGGGAUUGGCAUGCUUUGCUUUGGCCUGAUGCAAGCACCAUCUAUUGGGUUUAAUUAUCUUAUCGAUGCUUAUGGCCCUCUUUCUGCGGACUGCUUUGUGGCAGUGACUUGCAUGAGAGCUAUUGUAAGUUUUUCCUGGACGUUUUUUGCAGGGGAAUGGGUCGCAAGCUCUGGUCCAGCUAUUCCGUUUGGCGUAUUUGGAGCGCUUAUGGGAGUGUUCUCGUUGCUCCUCGUUCCUGUCUGGCUUUGGGGGAAAAGGAUGAGGAUUGCUACGGCAGGUUGGGUACCAGUGCUUCUUUAA